CCUCUUUAAAACAGGAAGUGGUAUUCUGGCAACAACAGCGCAUUGAUUUCCCCCCACAACAAUAAGAGGGAAACGUAUACAACAAUUACAAAGUGUCUCAGGGAGUCACAUAAACGUCAGUCAGUCCCGGCUUUGAAGAAAUAUCGCUGUCAGUCAUGCUGUCGGAUGCAGACUAUUCUGGGAACGCCUCUGGUGCUCGGCGAGCCAAGAAGAGGAGCGCCGGGGAGUCACCGGGGGACGGCCAGACUCUGCGCUCCUCUGGAAGACACAUCAAUGUUCGGGUGAAGCGCACCAACAACCCUCCACCUGGACAGAGCAAAAGAAAGGCCACAGACACCGAGGAGGAAGACGACCAAUCUGAGAAGAAGUACAGAAAGUGUGAGAAGGCUGGAUGCUCUGCCACAUACCCAGUUUGUUUUGCGAGUGCAUCUGAAAGGUGUGCUAAAAAUGGAUACACAUCUCGCUGGUAUCAUCUGUCAUGUGGUGAGCAUUUUUGCAACGAAUGUUUUGAUCACUACUACAGAAGUCACAAAGAUGGCUAUGAGACCUUUGCUUCAUGGAAGAAAGUGUGGACUAGUAAUGGGAAAAGUGAGCCCAGCCUUAAGGCCUUCAUGGCAGAUCAGCAGCUACCAUUUUGGGUUCAAUGUACUAAACCUGACUGUAGGAAGUGGCGUCAGCUGACUAAGGAGAUUCAACUCACUGCUUCCCUAGCAGCAACAUACCGCUGUGGAAUGAAGUUCAACAACAUUAAAAGUGAGGGACCGGACCAGUGCUCCCAGCCAGAGGACUUGAGAGUGGCUGAGGUGAGCGACAGCUGGUGGCAUUCAAUGUUGAUUUUGCCGCCGCUGUUCAAAGAGAGUCCCGCCAGCCCUUUCCUUUCCGCCUACUACCCCGACUGCGUGGGGAUGAGUCCCUCAGGCUCCCCGAGCAGCAUGUCUCUGACUGAGUUGAGGGCAGAUCACUGCAGAGCUGUCCAGCCACAAAUUCCAGGCCUGUGUCCGUACUUCCAGCCCUUCUACCAGCCCAAUGAGUGUGGAAAGGCUCUGUGCGUGCGGCCUGAUAUGAUGGAGCUGGAUGAGCUUUAUGAGUUCCCAGAAUUUUCCCGCGAUCCCACCAUGUAUUUGGCUUUGCGUAACCUUAUUCUGGCCUCCUGGAACAGGAAUUGCAAGGAGGUGCUGACUCCCCAGAAAUGCGCGCUCAACAUCAUAGUGCGGGGGUUGGUGCGUGUGCGCUGCGUGCAGGAGAUGGAGCGGGUGCUCCACUUCAUGACCAGGAAGGGCCUCAUCAACACCGGCGUGCUGGCAGUGAAACGGCCUCUGCUCCCUGAAAGAUACUGCGCUAAGAAUGUUAUCAUCAUCGGCGCCGGAGCUUCAGGGUUGGCUGCUGCGCGACAGCUGCAAAACUUUGGCACUCAGGUGGUGGUGCUUGAGGCGAGGGAGAGAAUUGGCGGUCGUGUGUGGGAUGAUGCCUCCCUGGGUGUCACUGUAGGGCGAGGAGCUCAAAUCGUCAAUGGCUGUGUCAACAACCCCAUCGCCCUGAUGUGUGAACAGAUGGGAAUCAGGAUGCACAAGCUGGGGGAGCGAUGCGACCUCUUUCAGGAGGGGGGGCAGGUCACUGACCCCGCCAUCGACAAGCGCAUGGACUUCCACUUCAACGCCAUCCUGGACGUGGUGUCAGAAUGGAGGAAGGACAAGUCUCAGAACCAGGACACACCGCUGAGAGAAAAAAUCCAAGAGGUGAAGAAGAACUUUCUCCAGGAGUCUGGAAUCCAGUUCAGCGAGUUGGAAGAGAAGGUGCUUCAGUUUCACCUCAGCAACCUGGAGUUCGCCUGUGGAAGCACAUUAGACCAGGUAUCAGCAAGAUCCUGGGACCACAAUGAGUUUUUUGCCCAGUUCUCAGGAGACCACACUUUACUCACAAAGGGCUACUCUGUGUUACUCCACAAACUGGGCGAGGGCCUCGACAUCCACACAAAGUGCCCGGUUCAGGCCAUCGAUUACUCAGGUGAUAUUGUCAAAGUUACCUCCUCCAACGGGUCCCAGUGGACAGCACAGAAGGUUCUUGUUACAGUCCCAUUGACGUUACUUCAGAAGAACUUGAUUCAGUUCAACCCUCCGCUUCCUGAAAGGAAACUGAAAGCAAUCCACAGUCUGGGAGCUGGUAUCAUAGAGAAGAUUGCUCUUCAGUUCCCCUACAGAUUCUGGGACAACAAAAUCCAAGGGGCGGACUACUUUGGUCACAUACCGCCAAGUCCUGACAAGAGAGGCAUGUUCAGUGUCUUCUAUGACAUGGAGCCACAGGGGAAGCAGGCUGUCCUCAUGUCUGUUAUCACUGGGGAUGCAGUACCUGCCGUCCGGGACAUGGAGGACAAACAGGUGGUGGAUGAGUGCAUGAAGGUUCUGCGUGAACUCUUCAAAGAACAGGAGGUCCCAGAGCCUCUGAAUUUCUUUGUCACCCAUUGGAGCAAAGACAUGUGGUCCCAGAUGUCCUACAGCUUUGUGAAGACAGGUGGAAGCGGGGAAGCCUACGACAUCCUCGCUGAAGACGUCCAAGGAAAAGUGUUCUUUGCCGGGGAGGCCACCAACAGACAUUUCCCACAAACUGUGACGGGAGCUUACCUGAGUGGGGUCAGGGAGGCCAGCAAGAUGACUGCUAUGUAAACUCUACCACUUCCAGAGCACUCAAAAACACCAGCAUGGAGACACGGGUUGCACUGAGCAACACAACGUUUAACGGCUCGGACUGUGUUCAUUAAAUUGCUCCACUUAAAAAGAUGUUUCGUCGUGCUGUGCUGUGAUGUCGUCUGAUCAACAAGAUGCUGUUAGUCGCUCACAAAUGAGUGCUUUUUGUUUAUCACAAAUCAAGCUGGCAGAUCAUUUGUUGGCAACAAGAUGCAAAAUUAUAAAUAGGAAGGCAUGAAUAAUGGCUAAUCCCCGUGCAGCACUGCCGGGGCCCGCUGUGUCGGAAAGCAGGAUGAUGUUAUCUUUAAUUUGAGUUUAGUGAGUGGUGUAUGUAGCACUUCUGUGAUGAAAUGGUCAGAAAAUUACAUUUUUUUGAGCGAUUUGGGCGAAUGAAACACUGGUAAACUCUCAGUCGUCUUUAUCAUGAAUCCAAAUGAAUAAGAUUUAAUUUCUAAGGAUCAUGUUUCGAGAGGUUCUAUUGUUGUGAUGUUUAAACAGUAUUUUAUUUGAGAGUCACUUACCAAUAUUUCGUACAGCUGUGGUGAAUUUGCAUGGUCUUGUAUGUGAUUCACGCGUUGGCACGAAUGGUGAAGAGAAGUGGAUGAACGUUAGCUGUAUAGUAGGAGUAAUUAUGUGAUUCAAAACGGUUUGAUUUACAAAGAAAAGAAACGAAUCCUUCACCUGUAUGACAAGUUUAAUCCCCGUAAGACCGAGCGUGAUCAGAUUGUCCCCUUACUGUCUCAGGGAUGUGAUCAAGACAAAACCACCUCGUAGAAAAUCAUGAACAAUUCUGAAGAUGUUGGGAAAACAAUAACGCAACCAACCAAAGGAGGAAAUAAUCUUCAGUUCCUGGACAACUAAGUUCCUGAAGUUUGGGGUUGGGGAACAGCACAACAAUGUCCUCACUUUGUUUGAUUAAUGUUGACUAAUGUAGCUUUACGUUUAGGUCUUCAUAUGUUUGUUUGGAUCAGUACAUCUACAUGAUCAUUUCCUGUUUGUCCGUCAUUACAGUGCUUGAAUAUUUAUCUUGUAUGUGUUUAAUAAACUGAGCUUUCAACUGCCA